GCCAUGAGCCGGUUCGGGGGCCGGCUGCGCGAAUACCCUCAGCUGUCCAUCGACCGCUUCGACCACGACAACCUGCGCGCGCGCGCCUACUUCCUGUCGCACUGCCACAAGGAUCACAUGAAGGGGCUGAGGGCGCCCGCCCUGAGGAGGAGGCUGCAGAGCAGCUUGAAAGUUAAGUUAUAUUGCUCUCCAGUAACUAAGGAAUUGCUACUGACUAACUCAAAAUAUGAGUUUUGGGAGAAUCACAUAGUUGCACUGGAAGUUGAAACUCCUACUCAGAUUUCUUUAGUAGAUGAAACAACUGAUGAAAAAGAAGAUAUAGAGGUGACACUCCUGCCAGCUGGCCACUGUCCAGGAUCAGUCAUGUUUCUGUUUCAAGGUGAAAAUGGCACUGUGCUGUAUACAGGGGAUUUCAGGCUUGCAAAAGGAGAAGCAGCCAGAAUGGAGCUUUUGCAUUCAGGGACCAGAGUGAAAGACAUCCAGAGUGUUUAUUUGGACACCACUUUUUGUGAUCCUAGAUUUUAUCAUAUACCAAGCAGGGAGGAGUGUUUAAAUGGGAUCUUAGAGUUAGUGCGGAGCUGGACCUCGCUCAGUCGCUGUCAUGUUGUGUGGCUCAAUUGCAAAGCUGCUUAUGGAUAUGAAUAUUUGUUCAUAAACCUCAGUGAGGAGCUUGGAAUCAAGGUGCACGUGAAUAGGCUUGAUAUGUUCAAAAAUAUGCCAGAAAUCCUCUGCCAUAUAACUACAGACCGAUACACUCAGAUUCAUGCCUGUCGACAUCCUAAGGAUGAUGACUAUUUUCGAGGGAACAGACUGCCCUGUGGAAUCACUUGCCAAAAUGGAACUCCCUUGCAUGUAAUUAGCAUCAAACCCUCCACUAUGUGGUUUGGAGAAAGGAUCAAGAAAGCCAAUGUAAUAGUGAGGACUGGAGAGAGUACAUACAGAGCUUGUUUCUCUUUCCACUCUUCAUACAGUGAGAUUAAGGAUUUUUUGAGCUAUAUCUGUCCUGUGAAUGUGUAUCCCAACGUACUACCAGUGGGUGGGUCAGAAGACAAAGUUAUGGAAAUAUUACAGCCGUUAUGCAGAUCAUACAGGAGAAACUCAGAACCCAGGUACAAGCCCUUAGGAACACUGAAGAGAGCCUGCAAAAGAACCUUAUCUGAUACAGACGAAGAUGAGCUCUUUGAUACAGAACUAACCUCUGCAAGGCCUAAGAUUGCAAAAUAUCAGGGAGAAGGAAGUAAGCCAUCCAAAACUGCACCGUCUGAAAAUGCUGACAGAAACACAGAUGAGAGCACAGAAAGCUACAGAGCAAACACAACUUACACCUCUCUCAAGGUAGACUUCGUGGAUUGUGAGGAGUCCAAUGAUGAUGACGACGAUGAUGACAAAGAAGAUGAUUCUGAAAAAAACACAGCUCAGGUUCUUUCCCAUGAGCCAGAUGCCAGUCCCAUAGCAAGCUGCAAUGGCAUACCUGGCAAGCAGCAGGAGUCUAAUGCUGAUAUCCCUCGCUGGGAUAUGUUUUUUAAGUGUAACAAAGUAGAUGAAAGCUCUGAAAAUGAGGACAACUUCCCAUCUUCAGCAGAUGCUGGUGGGUCCCAGUCACUCUUCAGUGAUUCGGAUGGAGUGAGUGACUCAACUCACAUCUCCUCCCAAAAUUCUUCUCAGUCGACACACAUAUCAGAACAAGGCAGCCAGGGCUGGGAUAGCCAAAUGGACACUGUACUCAUUACCUCCCAAGAGAGAAAUGCUGCUGACUUCAGCUGCUUCAGCAGAUGUGGCAGCAGAACAGCUCUGCCAUCUCACGAAACCCCCAAGGACAGCCAAGCUGACGACAGCAGGUGGAAACCACUUGGCCAGAAUCCAUCCUGUGCUCCUGACGUCAUCUGUGACUUGAAAAGUGAGGACUGUGACGAAGAUGCAGAAGCUGGCACUGCUCCAGCUCAAGAUCUGCUGGUGGAAAUAAGUGACAGCUCCAGGACUCCUGAUCUAGAACUGAAGAGGGAUUCUCAGAGCUCCUCUGACUUUGAAAUUCCCUUAACUCCAGAUGCUGAAAUACCUCAACAAGAUAAACUGCACUACUUAUAUAAGAAGCUAGCAGCAGGUGAAAGCUUAAUGAGAAAAAAGUCUCCUGAAAAGAGGUAGAACUGAUUAUAUCAUGAUAAUAAUGAAAUUUGUUCUUUAAAUAUGAAACUGUUCUUUUAUUGCUGUUAUUUGCAUUUAUGCUAAUCUAUGCAAUUUUUGUACUACAAUUACAAAUAGACUUCUGCAGUCUGUAUAA